AUGGAUACCUCGUCUCCCUCAGAGCAGUUCCACUCUCUCAAACCCUCGAAGGGAUUCGCUCGCUUCAAGAGAGCCUUCAAUGGAAAGCUGCUCUAUGCUUGUGCUCUCAUUGCACUUUCGCAAGUGAACUUCGGCAUGGACCUGGGCGCAUUCGGGGGAACCCAGGCCAUGCCGAUGUUCAAAAAGCAAUUCGGCAUGUACAACCCAAUCACCAAGACCUACGUCCUGGAGUCCUCUUAUCUUUCACUCCUCAACAGUCUAACCUAUAUUGGUUUCGGAUUCGGCGUCUUAAGUGGAAGCUUCAUCAGCAAUCGGUUUGGCCGGCGCAGCUGCCUUUGGACCAUGUCUAUCUGGGCCAUUAUUGGUGCCGCUAUAAUGGUUACUGCCAAAGUCAAGGAACAAAUGAUGGCCGGUCGCAUCAUAGCAUAUGUCUACAUUGGCAUGGAGCUGUCCUUGGUACCUGUGCUACAGUCAGAGCUCGUCCCGGCCGAGGUCCGAGGGUUUGUUGUGGGUACUUACGCAUCUGGGUUGUUGACAGGUCAAUUGAUCCAGAACGUCAUCACACGUGCCACCAGUGAACUUGAUGGCAACAAGUCAUGGCGCAUUCCCCUUGGACUUUUGUUUGUGAUACCUAUCCUCCUGCUUGUUGGAGUUAAAUUCGUCCCAGAGUCACCCCGAUGGCUCUUGAUCAAGAACCGGCGCGAAGAAGCCCUGACUGCGCUCAGGCAGGUGCGAGAGGGAACCUACUCGGAAGCUCAGAUCCAAGCGGAGUUUAGAUCGCUGCAGACCACCAUCGACCUCACGGUAGAAAAGGGGCGUUUCAUUGAGAUCUUUCAGAAUAUUAACCUCAAGCGAACUCUGAUCGUUAUUGGGACCAAUAUCGUGGUGCAAGCGACCGGCCAGAACCUCUGGACCCAGUAUGGCACGCUGUACAUACAGUCUCUGGGUGUCAUCAACCCUUUCACGAUGACAACCGUUAACACAGCCAUCGCCAUCGCCAUGGUGCUCCUUGGGCAGUAUCUCACCGAUCUGACGGGCCGAGUGCCACUUUUGAUGAUCAGCUCUACCCUGCAAAUCGGUAUUUUUGCCACCAUGGGGGCGCUGGGGACAGUCUCCGACCCAUCGCGGGCUGUGAGGACUGGCGCCACAGUCAUGCUAACGCUGUUCGGCGCAUGUUUACAGUUCUCUUGGUCGCCGCUGUUCCACGCGGUUGUCGCCGAAGUUCCGACCCAGAGGCUCCGAGAUCAAACAUACGCCGUCGGUUGUGUUUUCAAUGUUUUGACCCAGUGGACCGUCUCGUUCAGUCUGCCCUACCUCCUCUUUAAGCCACGGAAUCUUGGACCACAAGUUGGAUUCAUCUUUUGUUUCACCUCUGUCGUCUCGCUACUUUUCGCAUAUUUCUGCAUCCCCGAAUGCUUCGGCAAGACGCUGGAGGAAGUGGAUCAACUCUUCCUGGAACGCGUACCAAUCCGGAAAUUCAGGAACGCUCGGCCUACCCUGCCUGGUAUGUCGGAUCUGGAAACAGCCAAGAUGGGUACCGAGACUGACCUGGUGGUUCAUGAAGAGAACGCUGCUCCCAAGGCUUGA